AUGGACUUUACGCCCAUUAUAUCCGAAUGGGAGCUGAUGCAGGAACUGUGGCAGCAGCCGUCGAUUUGGAUACGCAAACAAGACGCCGAUCUACUGGAUCCACCGAUUCUUCCAAGCAAUCAAAUACGACUCUGGCGGCAUAACCGGAAAUUAUUCACGAUUAUACCCCGUGAACUCAACUCUCCGGAAUAUGAAUUGGAAGGCAUGACGCCGUUAAUAAACAGCCAGGCGUACCAAGUAUUCCACGGGCGUCGCGUGAUCUAUGCGACGAAGCACUCGUUGAGCAACUGGUCGCGCGACUUCUUGGCUGAUUUUUUACGUCGUGACGUUAACAGCCCAGACUCGCCUGACUUGGACCCUUCUGCCGUGAAUGAUGCCAUGCAAGAAUCAACCGGAGCUGAUGGAGUUGCUGCUUUGGAAUCUGCUGCCGAGAAGUUAUGCCGCGACAUGUCCUAUUACACGUACAACUCCGGGGAGCUCGAGAUGGAGGAGCUAGUCCAUAUCUACCGGCAGGUGCGAGGAGAGGGGGACACCGGCGAGUUCACCCACGUCGCCGGAGGUGGACAGGGCACGGUAUAUAAAUGGGAGCGGGAAGCUCCAGUACCUGCACUGGCCGUUAAACUCAUGAUUCUCUCCCGCGACCCUGAAAUACGGGCCAGGGAGGUGAAGAGGGUCCGGACGGAGCUUCGCAUUUGCGAUCACCUGAGGGGCCAGUGCGAAUAUGUGGUCGUCAUCAGAG